AUGUUUGAGAUUGACAGGAAGCAGUCGAUCAAGUUGUAUGACAAGAAGAUAGGAGAUCAGUUUGAUGGAGGAGUGAUAGGGCCUGAGUUUGAAGGAGCAAUAGUUGAGAUAACAGGAGGAGAUGACAACCAAGGGUUUCCUAUGGUAAAGGACCAUCUGACAAAGAACAGGCUGCGACUACUUCUGUCUAAGGGGGAUGUGGGCUACAGAUGCAGGAGAAAAGGAACCAGGAAGCGCAAGAGCGUGAGGGGAUCGAUAGUAUCUGAAGAGACGUGUGUGCUGAACUUGAUUAUUAUCCAAGCAGGAGAGAAGGAGAUAGACGGGCUUACGAAUGUGGUCUGUGAUGUCACACAUCUUCCGCGCAGGGUAGACAAGCUCAGGAAGCUUUUCAAUGUUCCCAAAACUGAGGAGAAUGUAUCGAAGUACAUCAUGAACAUGCUGAGAGCUGAAUGUGGUGGAGACAUAAAGAAGGUUCCUCAGAUCAGAAGCAACGAGAAGAUACUGAAGAGGAAGAAGGAGAAGAUACAAGAAGGAGCAAGGAUCAGAGCAGAGCGAAGAAAGAUUUUGGAGGAGGAAAGGGCAGCUUAUCUCAAGAAAUACUUCAAUAAAGCUUGA